AUGAUCAAUCCCAUUUCACAUCAGAUAGACUUAUGGGCAGAGGCCAUUGGGCUCGAUGAGGCUACGCUGAAGUUGGCAAUCUGUUUGUUUGGAUCCUUCCCGCUCAAUGCCAUCUUGAAAAGAUUACCAGAUAAUAACAUCACAUUAAAGAAUGCUUAUAUCAUCUCAAUUUCUGCGUUUUAUUUGUUUGGGAUCAUGUCACUGUUUAGUGGAUUUCGUACAUUAUUGAUUAGUUCAUUGUUCACAUUCUUAUGUACAAAAUAUUUGAAAUCAGAAUUCAUGCCAUUUAUUAAUUUUGCUUUCGUUAUGGGUCAUUUAGCUAUGAAUCAUUUUUAUUUACAAUUUGUUAAUGAAUAUGAUAGUACCAAAGUUGAUAUUACUGGUGCUCAAAUGGUUCUUUGUAUGAAAUUAACAGGUUAUGCAUGGAAUGUUCAUGAUGGUAAAAAACCAGAAUCUGAAUUAUCAAGUUUCCAAAGGGCAAAAGCCGUGAGACAUCAACCUUCAUUAUUAAAUUUCUUAAGUUUUGCAUUUUUUUAUCCAUCUUUAUUAACGGGUCCUUCAUUUGAUUAUAUUGAUUUUGAAAAUUGGUUAAAUUCCAAGAUGUUUACAGAUUUACCAGAAAGUAAAAAACCUGGUAAAAAGAGAAAAAGAAAUAUUCCAAAAUCUGGUAAAGUUGCAUUUUAUCGUUCUUUACAAGCCAUUGGUUGGUUAUUAAUAUGGCAAAAAAGUGGUGAAUAUUUCCAAGUUGAAUCAACAUUCACUCCAUGGUUUACUUCAAAAAAUAUCUUGUUCAAAUUAGGUUAUGUCUAUGUCUUAGCAUUCACUUAUAGAUUGAAAUAUUAUGCAGCUUGGACUUUAUCAGAAGCAUCAUGUAUCUUAGCAGGUCUUGGAUAUAAUGGGUAUGAUAAAGAAACUAAGACAAUCAAAUGGGAUAGAGUACAAAAUAUUGAUAUUUAUGGGUUUGAAACUUCACAAAAUAUUCAUGUUGCAUUAGAAGCUUGGAAUCAAAAUACAAAUAAAUGGUUAAAAAAUUAUGUUUAUUUUAGAGUUGCAUCAAAAGGUAAAAAACCUGGGUUUAAAAGUACUUUAUUCACAUUUUUAACUUCUGCAUUUUGGCAUGGAACAAGACCUGGUUAUUAUUUAAGUUUUGCAACUGGUGCUUUAUUACAAACAUGUGGUAAAAUUUAUAGACGUAAUUUUAGACCAAUUUUCUUACAAAAUGAUGGUAUUACACCUAAAGGUUCCAAAUUAGCAUAUGAUGUUGUUUGUUAUAUUGUUACUCAAUUGGCUUUAGCUUAUUUAGUUCAACCUUUUGUUAUUUUAGAUUUUGGUAAAUCUUUACAACAUUGGAGGACAGUUUAUUUUUAUGGUCAUGUUGGUAUUGGAUUAACUUUAUUUGCAUUCCAAGGUCCUUUUAAAAAGCAAGUUGUUGGGUUCUUUAAGAAAUAUCAUCCAGUAAAACCAACAGAAUCAAAGAUUACAGAUAUAAUUAAAGAUAAACAAGAUUAUGAAUUUUCAGAAAAAAUGCAUUUAGGUAUUCCGGAAGCAGAUUUUGAAAAUACAGAUUUAAAUACAAUUGUAUCAGAAUUAGAAGAUUUUAAAAAAGAUGUUAAAGAUUGGCAAAAUAAUAAUGGGUUUGAAACUGAAGAAGCUGCAAUUAAAAAUGCUUAUAAUGAAUUUUCAAAAGAUAUUGAUAAUUUGAAAAAUCGUGGUCAAAAAAUAAAAGAGCUUGAAAAACAAUCAAAGAAAGAAUAA